ACUCAAACAAAUCAUGUCAAACCCCAGAAACGAAACUGUUCCUCUGAAAACAACCUGACGAUGUGCUGAACGAGCAGUUUGGGAUCGCUGGAGUGUCACGUAGGUUUGUGAAACAGCAAGCAACAACAGCAACAACAGCAACAACAUGUUUGGUAAAAAGAAGAGAGCGCCACCGCCCAGAGGCCAGGGCGCUGCUGCAGCCAAGCAGAUGGGUCUGUUUGUAGACCUGGACCCCGAGGAGAUGAUGAUGGGUAUGGAGGGGAGCGUGGAUGACCCGGACUUGGAGGCUGAACUGGCCGCUAUUACUGGGAGUAAAGCUGCGGCUGGAGGAAGAGCCAAGCAGAAGGGGAAAAGCCCGUUGCACAUGGAAGACAUCGCAAGAAUGGCCGACGAGUGUAUGAAAGAUGACGAUGAGGAUGAUGAUGACAGUAACCUUGAAGACGACGAAGAUCUUUUGGCGGAGCUACAGGAAGUGGUGGGUGAGGAGGAAGAUGAGGAUGUUGUACCCGUUUCCUCUACACCCUCCGCCACUGCUUCUCAAGCUGAAACGACAGAGCCGACGCAGCAGCCGGACGUGAAGGUCCCCCCCGCGGCGCCUGGCAGCCUCCAACACACCCUGGAAGAGAGAGCGUGCAUGUACAAGACGGCUGUGGAACACGCCAAAACUUCAGGGGAGACGUCCAAAGCCCGGAGAUACGAUCGCGGCCUGAAGACUCUUCAGUCGAUGUUGGCGGGUAUUAAAAAAGGGAGACCCGUGAACGAGGCAGAGAUCCCUCCUCCUGUAGCCACUGGAGCCCCGAGUGCCGCCUCUCAGCCUGCCGUUCCCCGUCGACCGGCCCCCCCUGUGCCCUCGCCCCCUGAACCCACAUCUUCAGAUCAGCAGGGCGAGUCAGAGGCCACGCCCGCUGUGCCGGAGAUCCUCACCCCCAGCAGUGAGGAGGAGCACUCGUCCUCUGCCACCCUGUCCCCUCUGAGCACCGUCCCAUCUCCAGAGGAGCAGACCAGUCCGACCGAUGCGAACGAGUUGACCAAGACGUUGCUUUUGGAGAGGCAGAAAGAAUACAAGAUGGCAGCUCUGAGAGCCAAGAAGCAGGGAGAUGUGGAGCAAGCCCGACUUCACUUCAUGACCAGCAAGAGAUUCGAUGUGAUGAUUGAGGCGUUGGAGAAAGGACAAGCAGUGGACCUGGGUGGCCUCCCUCCAUCUCCCCAGGGAGGAGGCUCUGCUCCAGUGAGGGAACCUCCCUCAGGACCAAAGAUAGAUGUCACCCAACUGGUUACAGCAGCUCCAGCCGCUGCACCCACAUCGGCCCCUUCAGCUCCCAGAGACGUGCUGGAGGCUCUGGAGCAAAGACGAGCCAAGUACGUGGAGGCGUCCAAUCAGGCCAAAGCCAGCGGAGACGACCGCAAAGCUCGGAUGCACGACCGAAUCGCCAAGCAAUACCAGAGCGCCAUCCGAGCUCACAAAGCAGGGAAAGCGGUCAACUUUGAGGAGCUGCCAGUUCCCCAUGGUUUUCCUCCGAUCCCGGGCCAGAAGGCGACGGGGGCUGAGCAGGGAUUCAUUGCUGCUCUGGAGGCAGCAGAUAAACUUUCCUCCACUGAUGAUGCUGAAAUAGGAAAUGAAGAAGAAGAUGAGGAGAAGGAGGAGGAGUCCAAGCCUGCAGCUCCAGAAGGGCCGAAGAAGCCCCUGCUGGACGUCCCCCCCGCAGGGCAAGGAAGGAAAAGGACUCCGUCAGCUUCGCCUGACCGAACCGCCGCCAGGGAAGGACUGUCACCAUCGGCGGCUCAGCAGCUGGACUUUCUGGAGGGCCGGAGGAAGCAGUACAUGAAGGCGGCGCUCCAGGCGAAGCAGAGAAGCGAUAUGGAGCAGGCCAAGAUCUUCCUCCGCACUGCCAAGGGCUUCGAACCCAUGAUCGAGGCGGCCCGCGGCGGCAGGAGCGUGGACAUCAGUGCGGUGCCGUCGCCCCCUGGUGACGAAGACGAGGACUUCAUCCUGGUUCAUCACAGCGAGGUGCAGAUCUCGGAGAAGGCGGAGCAGCUUUACACACAACUGGCCAAGAUCCUGAAAGAGCAGCACGAGAAAUGUAUGACUCACUCCAAGCAGUUCACACACCUGGGCAACGUCACCGAAACAACAAGGUUUGAGAAGAUGGCGGAGAGUUGUAAAAAGAGUCUGGAGGUCCUGAAGCUGGCUCAGUCCAGAGGUCUGCCUCCUCCUCUUCAUCACUUUGAGGAGAGAUCUUUUCACACUGUCAGGAUAUUCCCAGACCUGAGCAGCAGCGACUUGGUCGUCAUCAUCGUCAAAGGGAUGAAUCUUCCGGCUCCGAGUGGAAUUCAAACAAACGAUCUGGAUGCCUUCGUGAAGUUCGACUUCCCGUACCCCAGCGCGGAGCAGCCGCAGAGACACAAAACAGCCGUCAUCAAGAACACCAACGCCCCGGAGUACAACCAGAGCUUCACUCUGUCAAUCAAUCGAAACCACCGCGGCUUCAGGAGGGUGGUGACGUCGAAAGGCUUGAAGCUGGAGCUGCUGCACAAAGGCGGCUUCCUGCGGAGCGACAAGCCGAUCGGGACGGCCCUCGUGAAGCUGGAAAAACUGGAGUCGCAGAGUGAAAUCAGGGAGAUUGUCGAGGUGAUGGACGGUCGCAAAGCCACAGGAGGUCGCGUGGAAGUGAAGAUCCGGCUGCGGGAGCCUCUGAGCGGGCAGGACAUGCAGAAGAGCACCGAGCGCUGGCUGGUGAUCGACCAAUCACAGGUUCUCGUUUAGAUGCCGCUGCAAAAUUAAAACACGAUUCAUAAGAUGAAGGUUAAAGGCGCUCAAUACCAAACAUUUGAGCACAUGAUGAGGACAGUCGGCUGUUCAGUGGACUCCGACCUACGCAGGUCUUUGACUUAAAACUUUUGCACCUUUGCGAGACACAAGAGCGCCUCUCCCACUGCCGUCCACCAGGGGGAGACACGGAGCAGGGUCAGGGCAACAUGGCGCCUUCAGUCUGACACCAGCUGAUGGACAAUCGCUCCUUCGCCCCAGGCGACUGCAGAUAGAAGGCUGUGACGCGUCAGGGGAACGAGGCGCCGCCUCCUUCCAUCGCGUCUCCCAACGAGUCUCCGUGAGCAU